GUUUUCGUCUUCGUUCUCUUCUUGACUCAUUUACUUAUUGGUUAAUUAAUACAACUCACAGACGAGGUUGCAGCUUUGAAAGUGGAGAAGAAGGCCGUGAAGAAUAAAAGUGUCCGAAUAAAGAAAGAGAAAACAAUGACAUCCCACCUCACCAUACCACCAACUACUAGCAGUAGUUAAAUUCAAGACUACGCAAGCAAGCAAGCAAAACCACAACUGUCGGCAGACACUUACCAGAACCAGUGAAGAGAGAGAGAGAGCUUCAGAGAAAGCACGAGAAAGAAAGAUCAAAGCAGGGGAAGCGGAGAUUUCAGUUUAGCUCAAUUGGUGUGAUAAAAAAUUGAAGAAUCCCUAGGUGAAGAAGAAGAAGAAGAGUUCUAAUUUAGUUUAAUUCAGUUUUUGAGUUUUGGGUUUGGGUUGGUGUACUCUCAAUGUUGGUCCAAGACCGUUCAUCGCCAAAACCACCUAAAUCCCAGUUCAGAGUUCAUCCAUCUCUCCCUCCAGAUCGCUUCUCUGAGCCCAAAAGACUCGAUUUCUCAACAUGGGUCUCUGUGAACUUCUGCAAAAUCGUCGCUUGUGCCGUUCUAGUCACCACCGUCGCUGCAUUAUUCUUCCUCAACAAUGUGGGCAACUCUGCUGCUCUCCUCCAAACCAGAGCGAAAGAGCUCGAAAAGAUACCCUACCCUAAAAUUAACUGGAAUGAGAUUCGACCCAUUAAAGAUAAGUCCACACCUUACGCAGCUUUCCGCUCCGAACGAUGGAUAGUCGUCUCCGUCUCUAAUUACCCAACAGAUUCGCUUCGCAAUCUUGUGAAAAUCAGGGGUUGGCAGGUCCUCGCCAUCGGCAAUUCCAAGACCCCUUCGGAUUGGAACCUUAAAGGUGCGAUCUUUCUGUCUCUAGAACAGCAGGCCAAACUAGGGUUCCGAGUUGUAGAUCAUCUCCCUUACGAUUCCUAUAUUAGGAAGACUGUUGGGUACCUCUUCGCUAUCCAGCACGGAGCCAAGAAGAUCUUCGAUGCAGAUGACCGUGGGGAAGUGAUCGACGGUGAUCUUGGCAAACAUUUCGAUUUGGAAUUGACUGGUAAGGAAGCGAGGCAGCAGCCGAUCUUGCAGUACAGCCACGAUAACCCAAAUCGAACGGUUGUGAACCCAUAUAUUCAUUUCGGCCAGCGAUCUGUCUGGCCGAGGGGUCUGCCAUUGGAGAAUGUUGGAGAGCUCGCACACGAGGAGUUCUACACUGAAGUAUAUGGAGGUAAGCAAUUCAUCCAGCAAGGCAUUUCGAAUGGUCUCCCUGAUGUGGAUUCGGUUUUUUAUUUCACGAGAAAAUCUGGUUUGGAAGCUUUCGAUAUCAGGUUUGAUGACCAUGCACCGAAAGUGGCUUUGCCACAAGGUAUGAUGGUUCCUCUGAAUUCGUUCAAUACGAUUUUUCACUCUUCUGCAUUCUGGGCUUUGAUGCUUCCUGUGUCUGUUAGUACAAUGGCUUCCGAUGUCUUGAGAGGUUACUGGGCACAGAGGCUUUUAUGGGAAAUCGGUGGUCACACUGUGGUUUAUCCUCCCACGGUUCAUCGAUAUGAUAGGAUUGAAGCAUACCCGUUUUCAGAGGAGAAGGAUCUUCAUGUGAAUGUGGGUCGUUUGAUUAAGUUCUUGGUUUCAUGGAGGUCUUCGAAGCAUAUGUUAUUCGACAAGAUCUUAGAAUUAAGUUAUGCGAUGGCAGAGGAGGGGUUCUGGACUGAGUUGGAUAUGAAGUUCACUGCAGCUUGGCUUCAAGACUUGCUGGCUGUUAGGUACCAGCAGCCAAGAUUGAUGUCACUGGAAUUGGAUCGGCCACGGGCGAAAAUAGGUCAUGGAGAUCGAAAGGAUUUCAUCCCUCGGAAGCUUCCUUCUGUGCACCUUGGCGUUGAGGAAACGGGGACUGUAAAUUAUGAGAUAGGGAACCUGAUCCGAUGGAGGAAGAAUUUUGGCAAUGUUGUGCUCAUCUUGUUCUGUAAUGGGCCAGUAGAACGCACUGCUUUAGAAUGGAGAUUGCUUUAUGGGCGGAUAUUCAAGACUGUGGUCAUUCUGUCGGAGCAGAGCAAUGCAGAUCUUGCUGUUGAACAGAGCCAAUUGUGGCAGGCGUACAAGUUUCUACCCAAGAUAUUCAGCAGGUUCUCAAGUGCAGAAGGAUUUCUAUUCCUCCAGGAUGAUACCAUUCUUAACUACUGGAAUCUGCCUCAAGCAGAUAAGACUAAACUUUGGAUUACAGAGAAGGUUCCUGAGUCUUGGGUCACUGUCUCAACCGUUGGCAACAAGUCGGCAUGGUUUGCAGCACAGGCAGCCAUGGUGAAGAAAGUUGUCGGUAUGAUGCCAGCUCACUUUCAGGUUAGUUACAAGGAAAGCAGAAUCGGCAAGCAUAGCCUGAUCCUCUGCAGUUGCGAGGUGUUUUAUGUUCCCCAGCGCUUUGUUGGGGACUUUGUGGAUCUUGUAGGUCUGGUUGGUGAUUUAGAAAUCCAUCACAAGGUUGCAGUACCCAUGUUCUUCAUGGCAAUGGAUUCACUAAGUAAUUUUGAUUCAGUGCUGAAUAAAAUGAUCUACAAAACAGAAGCACCGUCUAACAAUUCUUCAAGCUUAUAUUCUGCUCAAGUACCUGCAGUGCAUCCAUGGAAUGUGUCAAAUGAGCCUGAUUUUAUAAAGUUGAUCAGAAUCAUGGCAACAGGAGAUCCCCUUCUAAUGGAGCUUUUUUGAGUGCUGAGAAAGUCUUUCAAUUUGCACACGGAAGAAGAAACUUGUACCACUUUGGUUACUGUUACACCAAAUCCUGUAUUUUUAUUUUUAUUUUUAUUUUUGUAAAAUUUUGAGGGCAGGGAAAGGUUUUCCUUUUUCUUUUUUAUAUUUUUUUUGUAGAUUUAUCAUUUAUGUUGUAUUAUUCAUUUCUGGGUGGAAAUUCCCCCAUAACAGAUGUGCCUUCUCCAAUUAAUUGGCUUAAGCAUAUAUGAGAAGACAAAACCUCUCCUUCACA